CUGAUUGUUUAAUCCAUAGAAAUCCGGUUCCGGGUUUUGAGUGUUUCAGCUAUCGCUACUCCCUUCCGUUCUCUCCCUCUCUCACUACUGCAUGCGCUUUCGAUGGCUGUUGGCUGAUGCCUAGUGAUUGGUUUGUAGGGAGGCUGGCGUUUCGAUCCAAGGCUCAUACCCGUGUUCGUGUUUACACCUUGAACAUUCAGAGACCAGGGCAAAGCUAGCACCAGGACGAUGAAGGCGCGGAGAUAACAGUUGGGAGUUGCAACGAUGUAAACGCCGCAGCAUUUAUCUUUCGUCACAAAGUUAUCGGGUUCCUUUUUAAUAGGAAUCAGAUUGUCGUUGUUGGCAUUUCAACCUGGAAUAUUUAAUCCCCGGAAUCAGAUUAUCCUGGAGUUUUGGCAAAUCCAACUUUCUUCGACUUUUCUACCCACGGACAACAUACGGCUAAUGCGCGUUAAAUUUCGGACAGAAGUUUUUCUUGAUUAUAUUUCUAAAAGUAUUUAUGUAUCCUACAUUUUGAAAAUAUGUGCUUCUUUGUCAACUUGCUGUAAAAGGAACUCAACGUUGCAUAUGUUUCGUAGAAUGAAGUCAAACUAGCGUGUCCGUCAAACGCAUUUCACUGGACUUAUUGAGGACAGCCUACUCAACGAGCAGUUAUCCAGGUCAAUAUUUCCAAAAGUGAAACAUUUAAAUUAUUCUAUAAAAGUAACAUCACCGAGCAAGGCAGACUUGCCUGAGAACACCUGGGAACAUUCAGCAGUGGCUCUACCGGGGGAAGAUGUUCUCUGUGCGGAUACAGCGUUCCUCGGGUCCCGGUCAUCUGCUGGUCCUUAUCCUAAUAUGUGGAGCUGUGGUUCCCAACACAGAGAGCAGCGACUACAGUGAGGUUCUCCCAGACUCAUUUCCCUCGGCUCCAGCGGAACCGCUGCCAGAGUUCCAGGUGGAACCGGAGGAUGCGUUCAUCGUGAAGAACCGGCCGGUGAAGCUCUCCUGCAAGGCAGCUCCUGCCACUCAGAUCUACUUCAAGUGUAACGGCGAGUGGGUCAACCAGAACGACCACGUCACCAAGGAGAGCCUAGAUCAGAUUACCGGGCUGGUGAUGCGUGAGGUGGACAUCUCUGUGUCUAGGACGCAGGUGGAGGAGCUGUUUGGCCUGGAGGACUACUGGUGUCAGUGUGUGGCCUGGAGCUCUGCAGGCACCACCAAGAGCCGCCGCGCAUACGUCCGCAUUGCUUACCUGCGUAAGAACUUUGAGCAGGAGCCUCUGGGCCGGGAGGUGCGCUUAGACCAGGAGGUGCUCCUGCAGUGUCGCCCCCCAGAGGGCAUUCCCCCUGCCGAGGUGGACUGGCUGAAGAACGAGGAAUUGAUCGAUUCGUCACAGGACUCUAACUUCCUGAUGACAGUCGACCACAACCUCAUCAUCAAGCAAGCGCGCCUGUCAGACACAGCCAACUACACUUGCGUGGCACGGAACGUGGUUGCCAAGCGACGGAGCAGCACCGCCACCCUCAUUGUUUAUGUGAGUGGCGGCUGGUCCUCCUGGACAGAAUGGUCCGAGUGCAACGCCAAGUGUGGGCGGGGCUGGCAGAGACGGACGCGCAGCUGCACCAAUCCGGCGCCGCUCAACGGUGGAGCCUUCUGUGAGGGCCCGCCCUUCCAAAGAGUCACCUGCACCACUCUCUGUCCAGUGGACGGAGGCUGGACGGAGUGGGCGAAGUGGUCAGCCUGCGGGACGGAGUGCACACACUGGCGCAGCCGCGAAUGCCAGGCGCCCACGCCCCGUAACGGUGGGCGCCACUGCGCGGGCAGCAUGAUGGAGAGCAAGAACUGCACCGAGGGACUGUGCACACGAAAUAAAAAGGUUUCUAUUGAACAUGCCAGCCAUCCUCUGGGUGCAGGCUCCGGCGGCGUGGCGGUGUACGCCGGUCUGAUUGGCGCGCUGCUGCUCUGCGUCCUGCUGGUGCUGUGCGUGGGCGUGCUGGCAUACCGGCGGCGCUGUCGCCAUCUCCACGGCGACAUCACCGACUCCUCGUCCGCCCUCACCGCUGCCUUCCACCCUGGCAACUACAAACCUCCGCGGCAAGAUAACCCCCACCUGCUGCACCCCUCCAUGCCCCCGGACCUGACGGCCACGGCGGGCACCAUCCGCGGGCCUCUCUACUCCCUGCAGCAGAGCACCCUGGACUCCCCCCACAAGAUCCCCAUGACCACCUCCCCCCUCCUGGACCCGAUGCCCACGACGCUCAAGAUCAAGGUGUACAACUCCUCCACCCUGUCCUCCCUGGAGCUGCCCUCGGGGGUGAGCGAUGUGGAGAUCAUGAGCCUGAAGACGGUGGGCACCAUGGGCGGCGGCCGCGAGCAGCACGGGCACACCCUGCCCCGGGAGCCGGGCCACAGCGUCAGCGCCACGCUCGGGUGCCUGGGCGGGCGCCUUACCAUCCCAAACACAGGUGUGAGCCUCCUGGUUCCGCCCGGCACCAUCCCCCAGGGCAAGUUCUACGAGAUGUACCUGAUCAUCAACAGAUGGGAGAAAACCACGCUGCCAUCGGAGGGCAGUCAGACGGUGUUGAGCCCCGUGGUGAGCUGCGGGCCGACGGGCAUGCUGCUGAGCCGACCCGUGGUGCUGACGCUGCCCCACUGCGCCCUGCUGGACUCGCCCGACUGGAGCCUCACCCUCAAGAGCCAGAGCCACCAGGGAGCCUGGGAGGAGGUGCUGACGGUGGGCGAGGAGAGCCUGUCGACACCCUGCUUCCUGCAGCUGGAGGAGACGAGCUGCCACGUGCUGAUGGAGCAGCUGGGUACCUACGGACUGGUGGGCCAGUCGGCGCCCCCCCACCCCGCCUGCAAGAGGCUGCAGCUGGCCCUGUUUGCCCCGCGUGCCCCCUGCCUCUCGCUGGACUACAGCCUGAGGGUCUACUGCCUACAGGACACCCCGCACGCCCUCAAGGAGGUCCUAGAGGUGGAGCGUAGCCUGGGUGGGGUAUUGCUGGAGGAUCCCAAGCCUCUCCUGUUCAAGGACAGCUACCACAACCUGCGCCUGUCGAUCCAUGACAUCCCACACUCCCACUGGAGGAGCAAGCUGCUGGCCAAGUAUCAGGAGAUCCCCUUCUACCACAUCUGGAGCGGCAGCCAGAGGCCCCUCCACUGCACCUUCAGCCUGGAGCGGGGCAGCCUGGCCGUCUCCCAGCUCACCUGCAAGAUCUGCGUGCGCCAGGUGGAGGGGGAGGGGCAGAUCUUCCAGCUGCACACUGACAUCCAGGAGACGCUGCCCCCCCAUUCGCCACUCCCCUCGGGGGGCACCUGCCUGCCCUCCUCUCAGGUGGGCUCCUACGCCUUCCGCCUGCCCCUCUCCAUCCGCCAGAAGAUCUGUGCCAGCCUUGAUGCCCCCAGUGCCCGCGGCUGUGACUGGAGGCUGCUGGCACACAGCCUUUGCUUUGACAGGUACCUGAACUACUUUGCAACAAAACCCAGCCCCACAGGUGUGCUCCUCGACCUGUGGGAAGCCUGUCACCAAGGUGACGCAGACCUGGUCUCCCUGGCGACUGCUCUGGAAGAGAUGGGCAAAAGCGAGGUCUUGGUUGUCAUGACAACGGAUGGGGAUUGCUGAUUUGCUUAUACCGUCGGGUGUGUGUGUGCGUGUGUGUGUGUGUGUGUGUGUGUUUGGGAAAAGGAGGGAGGAGCAAGACACAAAAUAAGCAACAUUCAAAAAAAGAUAAUUUCCACCGUAAAGAGACUUGUCAUGACUUGCCCGGUGGCCAUCACAGAGGGAGCACCUCUUGUGAGCAGACCCCAUUCCUCUCAUCGUCCGUCGGGUUCCACCUAGACCCUGACCCAUGUUCUGGAUGUCAACGCGAUGCCUAGAGCGUGCCCCAGUGCAUCAGACACACACACACACACACACACACACACGGCUCCGCUGAUUUUAUGCUGGGAAUCCCAGAGCAAAGAUGGGGUUUGACUUUGUAAAAAAUACACUGAUGUUCAUCCUAA